CUUCCUAUCAGUGUCUGUUUUGGCAGCACUGGUACACAUGGAGCCUCCAUCACCCCCACUCUCUUUCUCGCGCCGACUCCGGUAAUCCGCGGGUUCCGAUCGUCACCUUUUGAGCAAUCGAUCCUCUUGUGGACUAAUAUGACAAACGUGCGCUUGUAGAGGCGCGACACGGCAAAAAAGAGGUGGCACAUUUCCCGUGGAUCAGUCAAUCUGUUCCGACCGCGAGUGUCAGCAUGGACGUCCUGGCCAACCACAGUAUAUUUCAGGAACUUCAACUGGUCCACGACACCGGUUAUUUCUCCGCCAUGCCUUCGCUUGAAGAGAAUUGGCAGCAGACCUGCCUCGAGUUGGAGCGUUAUCUGCAGACGGAGCCCAAGCGUCUCUCCGAGCUCUUUGACCAUGACUUGGAUGGACUCUUGACUCCGGCCUACCUGAAAGAUGAUGGUGAGGAAGACCUAGCUGACGUUCUCCUCCCCAGCAUAAAUGAGCCCCGAAGCCCAUCAAGAGUGAUACUCUGCCCCACACGGAAGAACUUGCCCAUCACUACAUCAAUAAAAACUGAACCAAAGGUACCAGAACCAACAGAAGGGAUGGAAGGAGUUCACCAGGCCCAGCUAAGCGCAGUCACCUCCCUGACUCCCCCCUCAUCCCCAGAACUGGGUCGGCAUCUUGUGAAACCCAGCCCGUCCCUAACGACGUCUGCCGAUGGGACGCUCACCCUCAAACUGGUGGCCAGGAAGGUGGGGCUUAGCGCUGCCCGGCUAGUGGCGGCACACCCGCUACCCGCCCAGGUAAAGGAGGAAGACGAGGGAGUAUCUUGCGUGCUCGGUGAGCUGCCAGAAAAUAAGAAGAGGAUCCACCGCUGUCAGUUCAACGGCUGUAGGAAGGUUUACACCAAGAGCUCCCACCUAAAGGCCCAUCAGAGGACACACACAGGUGAGAAACCGUACAAGUGCUCGUGGGAGGGCUGCGAAUGGCGAUUUGCCCGGAGUGACGAGCUGACGAGGCAUUACCGCAAACACACCGGCGCCAAACCCUUCAAGUGCAACCACUGCGACAGGUGUUUCUCACGGUCGGAUCAUUUGGCGCUCCACAUGAAGAGGCACAUCUGAGGAGCACAAGAGAAGUCAGAAAGGGAGUGGAGACAGAGAGGGAGCAGAGAGGGCAGCGUCACUUGCAGAAAAAUUUCCACCACGGAUCUCAGACGGAUGUCAAACUCCAUAUUUGGCAGUUCUGGAGUGAAGGCAGAUGUAUCACGCCAUUGGCUUGAGCCCUGGCAGGCAACACACAGGUCCCACAUGAUUCCAUUAAGCAUCGCCCGUCUCCUGGAAUGGUUCCUUUAGCUGGCAGCUCUUGGUUUCAGUCCACUUCUGCCUCAUGCACCAUUGCCCCACAUGCAGCCAAUUUAGCACCUGUAUUUUGUCCUCUUCGAGCUAAACACGAUCUUUCUCUUCAGUCAAAGGUUCUAGAAUCUCGUGAAUUUUUCAUUUGACCUCUCAUACUUCCCAACUGGAUCCAUUCAUAAAUCCAUCUGGUUUAAUGGCACUUGGCGAUUGCAGACUUGAAGACUGAAUUGUGGUUUUCUGUGACGAGGCUGAUUGAGGUCAUCCAAACAGCUGUGUGGGUUUCGAAAUAUCUUCCAUUAGGACUUUCCCCUGGAUGUCUCCAACUAAUCUACUCCUGGCAACAAGAGGGCCUCUCCUGCUUGAAUCUGACAUACAGAUCUUGGAGCUGAAAUGACUGCAUAAUUGAGUUUUUGCAAAACUUAAGUGAAAAAGAAAGCCCCAAGUUUGUCAGAAUGUGAGGCUCCUGUGCCCCAUGCACAAGUCAAAGCAGUUUGCUGACUGUAAUCGCACAUUAGACAGGACUAGUAUGUAUGUAAAGGUUAUAUUGUUUUUAAGCAAAGAUCUAUUUGUUUGGAAGACCAUUCUGAAGAACCCUUUGGAGAUGGAUGCAGCCAAAUAAAAACUGUCGAUGCCUGAGGUGAUCUCUCGGGCCUUUGAGAGUGAUUGGCAUCAGAUCAGCCACCACAUUGCUCGCCAUGCAGAACUGUUCCAGUUUAGUCCAAUUGCUUUCUUUCCAUCUUGUCCAAUAAAUCAGGCCCUCUGCAUCUCCUGGGACAUUCCACGAAUUCAUCCCCUCUAGGACAUGGAAUGGACUUGUAGAAGAACAGAUCCGAUCAACUGGCUGGUGGAUCAAUGUGAAUGUAUCUUUAAUGUGUCAGUGCACGUGCAGCUGAAAAUGUCAAUGGUGUAACAGUCACUCCUUGUUAAAACAACACCUUUCCAUGUCUUUGUUCAACUCAAAAGUCACGCCUGGUGACUUGUGUCACAUGUGGUUCCGCUUGACCAUCAAGGGGUCAGGAGAGCAGAUUUCCAUCGGGUGUCCGAUGGAGUUAUACAAGAGGGACAGAGGAGGGAUUUGAUCCACACACUUGGCAAAAUGAGUUGCCCUUUCAGCUCCUAAAACUUAAAUAGAGUGAGACAUCAACAUACAAAGACACGCAGUUGACCUCUGAAUCCCAGUCGCCAGCUCCCUUAACUGACGUUUAUCCAGACGGUGUGGACAAACGGAACCUUUGCCAUGAUUCUGACUGACUCAGCUGUAACCCUCGACACAAUCUACGGUCUCUGUUCAAAAAAAUGGGAUUCAAAAAAUUAUCAGUCAAAUGAGGAACAUAGAUGCCCUUCAUGCUACACUUUUAGGAUCGUACGUAAGCCUCCAGAUCAGCUCCUAGCUAGCAGUCCUAGUAUUCGGUCCAGAUUUGGAUGCUGACAAAAUGAAUAAAAGUGGUUUGCACCAUCAAUGGCAGCUCUAUGUAUGUGUUUCAAAAAUCCAGCUGUAAUGCUGACAUGAAUGACUGUGGUGAAAUGUGAUUUUGGUUCAUUUAAAUGUUCCCUGGAUUAGAGCACAGAAAUAUCCCAAAUACAGCAUUGUUUGGAAACGACUUAAUUCAUUCAAAAGUGUACGCUGGAAAAAUGUGAAUGUUUACUUUUUUAUACUUAUUUUACUAUUUUUGUUUUGUGGUUCACAUAUGUGUCAUUUUUAUGAAUGACGGUCAAUUAUGCUGUGCCUGUGUGUGUAUGUUUUUGUCUGUAUUUGCACUCAAUUUUGGAAAACGAGAAAAAGUCACAUAUAUGAAGUUUUCUGUCCGCUUGUACACCUCUCACCACUACCAUCACAUCUCUGUACAGUAACUGUUUUUUUACACAAACUUGCGCACAUACAUGAAAGCACGCCCUCAGCGCAUGCACACCGACGCUCAUACGCGAGUGCACGCAUACACACCCUCACACACUUUUCACACUGGCACGGUCUGAGGUGCAGGCUGCAGCUCUCAGCAUUGCUGAUCUCCUCCUGAAUUUUAAAUCAGACCCUUUUUUUCUACCAGCACCCGCCCCCAUUGCCUCCUCCUCCCCUCCAUGAGAUCUCAACCCUUUCAAAUCCCGGUCACCCACUUCCCCCUGUUUUCCUGUGUUGUCUUUCUCCCUUUCUUUGGACUGUAUAAAGUGUUUCAAAUUUAUCAUUUGUAUAUUAUGAUGUAUGGGUAUGAUAAUGUUCUUUAUUAU